AUGGCUUCAGAAGCCCCUUCGAACGUGGUGGACGUCAAGGAGAUGCGCCAGCCUGACUUGUCCGAGGAGUGGCAGCGGCGGUGUGCCGAGACGACGGCCCGCCUGAAAGAGACCGAAGGGGAGCUGACGAUGGUCCAGAAGCGGCUGACAAACAUGGGCGCGCUUCUGGAGACAGCAGCCGGGCAGCGAACCUCGAAGACGAGUACGCUGCAGGCCGAGGUGGCCGAGGAGCGGCGGCUCCGGAAAGAGGCCGAGGAUAAGCUCUGGGCGGAGCGACGCCGGUGUCAAGAUCUCGAGGCCAUGCUCUCCCACGAGCAUCGUUUGCGACGAGAUGUCGAGGCUGCCCAACAUGGCCCUGGAGAGCUCCAGAAGCUGAGGGCAAACUUGGCCUCCGAGCGCAAGGCGCGGGCCGCCGCGGAGGCGGCCGCGGGGGCUCGCGGGAGGUAG